UUCAAACACUCUCUAUCUUGUUCACUGCAAGUCUCUUCUUCAAUUUAGACACUCUUCACUUAUCAGAAAGAAUCUUAGAGCCCAAUUCAGGGUUCUUUGCCAGUAAUAAUGGCUCUCCAGGCUGCUUCUUUGGUUUCCUUUGCUUUUCUUGUCCCCAAAGAGGGCAAAGCUAAUGCAUCGUUCAAGGACUCAAGUUUGUUUGGCGUUUCACUCUCAGACCAACUCAAUGCUGACUGUAGCUCUGCUGCUUUAAGGUCCAAGAGGGAAUCCAACCAAAGAGUUUGGGCUGUGAGAGCAGAGGCAAUGGCGACAGCAAGUCCAGCAGUAAACAGGGAUACAGCAGAAGGCAAGAAAACCUUGAGAAAGGGCAGUGUUGUGAUCACUGGUGCCUCUUCUGGAUUGGGUCUAGCCACAGCUAAGGCCUUAGCUGAAACUGGAAAAUGGCACAUAAUUAUGGCCUGCAGGGAUUUUCUCAAGGCAGAAAGAGCAGCCAAAUCUGCUGGCAUUGCCAAGGAAAACUACACCAUUAUGCACUUGGACCUUGCUUCCCUCGACAGUGUCCGUCAAUUUGUUGAUAACUUCAGGCGAUCAGGAAGGCCACUUGAUGUUCUGGUUUGCAAUGCAGCUGUAUACUUGCCAACAGCCAAGCAGCCUACAUUUACUGCUGAAGGAUUCGAACUCAGUGUUGGAACUAACCAUCUUGGUCACUUCCUCCUUUCUCGGUUGCUGCUUGAUGAUCUGAAAAAAUCUGACUACCCAUCAAAAAGACUAAUAAUUGUUGGCUCGAUUACUGGGAAUACGAAUACCUUGGCUGGGAAUGUACCUCCCAAGGCCAAUCUUGGAGACAUGAGGGGACUUGCAGGAGGCUUGAAUGGGAUAAACAGCUCAUCCAUGAUCGAUGGCGAGGAAUUUGAUGGUGCCAAAGCCUACAAGGACAGCAAAGUCUGCAACAUGCUCACUAUGCAAGAGUUCCACAGGCGUUUCCAUGAAGAAGCUGGCAUCACAUUUGCUUCCCUUUAUCCAGGAUGCAUUGCCACAACAGGCUUGUUCAGGGAACACAUUCCUUUGUUUAGGCUUCUAUUCCCUCCAUUCCAGAAAUACAUCACCAAGGGCUUUGUCUCUGAAGAUGAAGCCGGAAAAAGGCUUGCUCAGGUUGUGAGCGAUCCAAGCUUGACAAAAUCAGGUGUGUACUGGAGCUGGAACAAGGACUCUGCUUCAUUUCAGAACCAAUUGUCUGAAGAAGCUAGUGAUGCAGACAAAGCUCGUAAAGUAUGGGAGAUUAGUGAGAAACUUGUUGGUUUGGCUUAAUUGAUGAGAAGCUUCAAGUUCUUGUCAAGUGAGCUUUGCCAUGGAGAGGAUGAUUUGAUGUUAGUAUAGAGGCAGAGUCCUUUUGAGUGUGAAGCUUGGAUUGCGCCGAUGUGCUUCUGUAAACAAUUUUCUCUUGUAGGAGUAGAAGACCUGUUUGUAACUUAUUGACAAUAAAAUCAUUCACUCUCGUUGCCAAGUGCAAAAAAUACACUCGUCGAGAAAUGAAAACAUUCUGUAGCAAUUCAGUAUCA